CCCGCCCAUUCGAGUCUCCACGCCCCGCCCACUCGAGCGUCUCCGCGCCCUGCCCACAGCACAACAGAACCCACCCUAAACAACAACAACACCGUCCUCCGGUAGAGAAAAACUUCAAGACGCGGUCUCUGACUCUUUCUCCAGACACUAGACGAGUUUCACACGGGGGAAGAUGCAUUCAGGCAGCCUUGAGAAAGCGGGUUCUCUGAGGAAACGGACGCUGUCUCGAGGAAUGAGCGAAGACGAGUCUCUCAAGCACAUUAUCAGAGACGCAGAAGAAUCGAGCAGACACCUGUCACGCAGCGAUAGCAGAUAUGGAUCAUUAAAAAGAGGACAAAGACUAGAAAGCCAUAGUGAAGAUGAUCUACUCUCUGAAAACUUAGAAGUGACGGAGCUGAGAGCGAGCUACGAGGAGCGUCUUCAGGAGGUGCGGACCCUGGAGCUGCAGCAGGACGUGCUUCUGUUUCAGGUGGACUGUCUUCAGGACGCCCUCGAGAGCACGGAGGAGAUGCUCGCUGAAGCCCAGAGAGACAACCACAGUCUCACCAUGGAGCUGGAGCGAGAACGAGAGAUGAGGAGGAAGUCAGAGGACACGCUUGAUUCAUUAAAGCAGGAGCUGGAGAGGUUAAGAGAGGAAAGAAGCAGCGAGCCGCUUCAGUUGAGACCCGUCUUGCUCCAGGCCUCUCCGGAGGGGACAUCAGUGGACCGAGACGAACAUACGCUCGCACACAGCGAAGGCACCUCCGUGGAUCCGAACACGAGCCAGCCGUUCCAGCUGAAGAAUGUGGUGUUUCACAGUCAGAAGCCUGCUGCUCCAGGCGGAGAUGACUACGACGAAAGCAGCGGCUAUGAAGACGCUCCGUCCGAGUUCUCGCCCAGUCCGUCCACUCCAGACACGCAGACGGAUGGAGCUCUGCUGGACAGCGAGGCUGAAGAGGGAGAGGAUGGGACGAGUCCCUCCGAGACCAGCCUCUCUAAAAGUUCAGAUUCUUGUGCUCUGUCUUAAAUUAUUCUAGUGCUGUAAAACGAUUAAUCGCGAUUAAUCGCAUCCAAAAUAAAAGGUUUUCUUUACAUAUAUAUAUAUAUAUAUAUAUAUGUAUGUAUGUAUGUGUGUGAGUUUCUGAAAUACACACACACUUAUUAUGUAAAGAAAAACUUAUUUUAUUUCUCGAUUAAUCGUAACUCAUCCAAGUUACCUUUACUUAAACAGCCUUUGCACAAAUAAUAAAAUGAAGACUAAUUAGUUAUGCUCCUCAGUCAACAAAGUUAUUUAGGAAAAUCUGCACUUUUUUUUUAGUUUCUGCUGGUCGUUUUUUAUAGCUGUGUUUGUGUUGGACUUUGUAUCGUUUCUGUUCCCCUUGCUAUUAAACAUGACACGAGGCAAUACUUUGUAUCAGUACGUCAGACAUAUCGAUCAAAAAUGGAAUGUAAUUUUUCAUAUUGUAUUGAAAAUCAAGUUAAAGUAAUCAGUUACAUUGAAUCAGCAGCUGCAUGUAGUUUUGUGUAUUUGUGCGACUUUGGAGCCUUUAACAGUAAAGUGUCCUAAUUACAGUGAUUCAGUAUCUGUACAAGUGCAUUUGUUGCUGCCGAAAAACAGCCCGAGCUUUUCGCAGGGUUUCGUACCAUACUCUGUCUCUCACACCAUCUGUUGAUCAAAUGAACUCGCGUUCAUAUUAUUUUUUAUCUACUUGUACUAGUUAAUUUAAUACUUUACAGAGUUAUGUACAAGAAAUUGAUGUUUUUGUUGAAGUUGUAUGUUUUAUAUUGGUGUGUUUUUAUUUACAUUCCAUAACACAGCUAGAUUUAUAAGUCUUAUGCUUUAAUUCAUCAUUCUGUAGAAGUUGUGAUCAAUCAAUCGCCUCAAAAGCUUUUAUGAGACAAAUCCUAAUCAGGAAAAAGCCUUAUAUGGCAAAGUUUAAACCGUUUUCUAAUAAAAAAAAAAGAAAAAAAUCAGUUGUUAAGAUCACAAUGCUGAAUCAAAAACAUUUUUUUUUUUUUUAAUAAAGAUUAGUUUCUCAGGAAAUGUCAAAAACUUACUGAUUCCUUACUAAUAAUGUAACUAUUAAUCCUAAAUCGCUGUUACUGACUUCCAGACAAUCCAACACAAGAUGUCUUUACUACUAAGCUAAGUAGUUUUUAUAUUUGAACUCAUUAUCAAAUGCAUGGUUCAUUGAAAUGCUGGAGCUGGUAAAACAAGACAGUGGGCUUCAUUAAAAAGUUAAUCUGAUUUGUGAAAUGGGCCCAAUAUUUGUUUGUGUGUUAUAUAUAUAUUAAAUCGCUUAUGCUCAGAAUGGAUGGCAUUUUUAAUUGAUUACAAAGGUAACGCCUGUGUGUUUAACUGAAUAAUAAAAUUAGUUUUAUGGAAUGAAUCUGAUGAACUAGAGUGUACUGUUCCCAUGGUGUUCUACUUUAUCCAGAAUGUUUAAAGCAUUGUAUCACUAUCAGACUUCACACGGUGUGUUUUCCAGUCGUGUGGCUGUAUGUCUCGGUCUCAGGUGUGUUGAUAAGCAGUGUGUGAGUACAGCAGUGGGUUGUGUUGAUUUAUCGGGUGAUUAGUGUGCUCUUACACACACACUUCCACUGCACACACCCUAUGUCUACAGGCCCAGUCGUACUUUAGAGAUUUUUUAUUCAAUUAUAAUAUCUGUUUUUAUUCUUGUUUUGUCAUUCCAACAUCGCACACAAAGUUUGGUUUCAUUUCUCACUCUUUAAUUGUUUCAGUUUUUCUUCUGUAGUUUUUCCAUAUAUUUUAUCUCGGCAUGAUCUGAUUGGCUCUCUGAUGUCAUGAGCUGCAUGCUUCGUCUGGCUCCUUGUGUUUGCUGUAAGCUGGUCUCACUGUGGUCAGUCUGGGGAUCAUCGCUGGGUUUAUUUUCUUCAGCUGUAACUUGUCUGGAUGGCAUCUGUAAUUCAUUGCAUUAGGGAGGGAUGGGCAGAUGAAUCCCUAUGAAAAUUUGAGGCUUUAUUCUGGGAUGUGCUGGCUAAAGUAUUGCUGCCAGUUGACAUCAUUUUGUGGUGGACAUUAAAAUUGAAUGACCACAGAAGCACCGGCAGAACAAUGCAUCACCUCAUCAUUUUUUAAAAGUGUAUAUAAUGUUUGUAAAUCAAUAUGCAAAAUAAAAUAUUUUGAAUGUUUCAAA